GUUUCAUUAAAGUCAGUAUAAAAGUUUAUGCCUAUUUCCUGUAUUUCAAAACUGCUGAAGAGUCUCCUGCUCCUUCAUCAGAAGCUCACUUUGGAACUAUAGACAGCAGAUUUAUAUAAAGAUGGCAGCACCAGCAAAUAGAGGAAUACCUUUAUGCUUGAUCAAUCCACGGUACCUGCACACAAACUCCACUAGCCACACCUGGCCAUUCAGUGCUAUAGCAGAACUGAUCGACAAUGCUUAUGACCCAGAUGUCAGUGCAAAACAACUCUGGAUUGAUAAAUCAGUGAUCAAAGACCAGGACUGCCUCAUCUUCAUGGAUAAUGGAAAUGGCAUGGACUAUGACAAGAUGCACAAAAUGCUCAGUUUUGGCUUCAAUGAUAAGCAGACAAUAAGAGGCCAUGUUCCAGUGGGUCUUUAUGGUAACGGUUUUAAGUCGGGCUCCAUGCGCUUGGGGAAGGAUGCCAUUGUGUUCUCAAAGAAAGACAGCACCAUGUGUGUGGGUCUUCUGUCACAGACUUACCUCGAGAAGAUAAAAGCACAAAAUGUCAUAGUGCCUAUUGUCAUGUUCACCAACACCGGACAGACUGUCAGUGCUUCACCGGAGCAUGCAGAGAGUCUCCAUGAUAUCCUGACACAUUCUCUGUUUAACACCAAGGAAGAACUGCUGUCUGAGUUCAGUGUCAUUGAUGGGUUGUGCACCAACUCAAGUGGAACACGCAUCAUCAUCUGGAACCUACGCAGAACACCUUCAGGAGAAUUAGAAUUUGAUUUCAUGAAGAACCGUCACGACAUCCGGAUCCCUGUUGAUGUGUACGGGAGAACCGGGGAGACAAACAAGCGGCAGGCAGCAGGUGGUGUGUCAGUGCCUGAGAGUGAAUAUUCACUGCGGGCAUACUGCAGUAUCCUGUACCUGAAGCCAAGAAUGCAGAUUAUCAUUAAAGGGAAGAAGGUGGAAACUCAGUUGGUCGCUAAAACUUUAGCAAACGUCUUGACGGACACAUACAAACCUGAUUCUGUUAAAAAGGCAAUAACAAUCACAUUUGGCUACAACACCAAGAGCAAAGAGCACUACGGAUUGAUGAUGUACCACAAAAACCGUCUCAUCAAAGCCUAUGAGCGUGUCGCCUGUCAGCGCAAGAACCAGGCCGACAGAAGAGCAGUGGGAGUUAUCGGGGUAAUAGAGUGUAACCAGCUCACACCAACUCACAACAAGCAAGACUUUGAUGAUACUGAAGAGUACAGGAAAAUCUUAAAGAAUGUAGGUAAGAAGCUCGAGGAAUAUUGGAACCAACAGGUAUAUGUACAUGAGCUUAAACCUAACUGCACUGAGGAUACUGUGAAGCAACCAGAUCAAAACUGUAUUCAGUGUGAUAAUUGUCUGAAGUGGCGAAAACUUCCAGAUGGAAUUGAUCCUAAAAAGCUCCCUAAGAAGUGGUUCUGCUACAUGAACUCUGACCCUCAAUUCAGGAGUUGUACAGAUGAAGAGCCUGAGGUUUAUGAUGAUGAACAACCCAGAAACCAGAAAACCUACAAACAACAUGAGCGAAACCAGAAGUUGCAGCAGGAGAACUGGAAGCAGCAGAGGCCGUCUAUUCCCAAGUCAUCCUACCAAAAGAAACCCAGCUCUGUCCUUAUUUCCUCUUCUCACACAGGGGCCGACACCAGACCUUCUGUUAACACUUUAGAUGACACUCAGCUCCCUUCUGUUCCUGGAAGGCAGAAGAGAGCCCUGGACUCAAAUCAAGAGAAUCCAGAUAACAAGAAAGCCAGAAGUAUAAAUUCUGGUCACAUUCCAGAUAAUUUGCCAACAUCCACAGUCUCAGCUGAGACUUUUUGUUCACCUGCCAUGUUCCCCCCUGAUAGUGGUGCUAAUGAAGCAGAAAGGAAGGAUGUUGAAAAAGUGAAGAAGCAGCAGAGCAAUGAAAUCACACAGCCCACCUUUGAAGUUGAGUACCUGCAGGCCAUGCAGACAAUAAUGCAGCUCCAAUAUAUGGUGGAGAAUCUAAAAAAUGAGAAGUGCAGUUUAUUGGCCCGCUGUGAGAGCCUGGAGAAAGAUUUAGAGAGGGUAAAGAGAGAAACUGAAAAGGCGAAGGUACGUGUGGAAGAUCGAGGGGUCCAGACAGAUUUUCAUAUUUCCUCCCAUGAAGAAAGUGCUUCAACUUCAUCGAGAGCCUCCAACUCAGGAAGAAGAACAGACUUUGGUACACAGCAGCAUGAGACACAGGACAGACCAAAAAUGGGACAAGAAACCAGUAACCCACAGUUACUGUUUGCAGCCCCAGAUCAAGAGAACGUCUCCUGGUCACCUUAGUCCCUGCGCUGGACCUACAGCAGGUGAAUUAUGACUGCAAAGCCAUCGAUGAAAUUCUCACUCAGUUUGUAGAUGAGAAAGAGUCAACGUCUGCAUAGCAGAAGAGCAAAACCUUUUAAAGCACAUUAAUCAUUUGGUUGGUUAAUGCAAAAUUACUUACUAAAUUACUUAACAAUUUCUUAAUAUGCCUGACUCUUACAUAUACUUUUUUGAAUUAUUCUUGACUAGUCAUGAAGAUUUCAGCAGCUACUACCACUUCAGAAAUGUUUCUUAUUAAUCAUUAACAACAUUUAUCUUUGUUUAGUUUUUAUUUCUUGUAUUUAAACGUAAACAUUGGUAUUUUAUAAGAAUGUGCAAACUAUAUUUUUAGAUAUACAGCUCAUGUGUAGGCUUUAAGGCUUCCUUUUUUUCUGUUUCUUUUGAAUCAGCAAUUGUUUUCAAAUUCUAUGCUUAAAAUGCUUAGAGCAAAUUCUAUGCUGUGUGUGUAUAUAUAGUGUCUGUAUAUAACAUUGUAUGCAAAGUAGGGACAAGAAACAACAUGUAAAUGAGACUUUAGUGGUUUCUCAAUAGCACUAACAAGUUCAGAUCUCGUACACAGCACACAUGUAAUUAUGUCUCAAACAGAAACACAAAUUAAAGGUGAUAAGACUCUUUUAAUCAAAAAUGCAAAAAGUUACAUUUGAAAGCUCUCAUUAAUAAUACAAACUUAAUGAAAACUACAAAAGCAACUUUACCAUAGUAAUAAAAUAUAUUUCUCAAAAUUUUGAGGAUAUUGAGACAAAACUGUGAGAAAAAAAAAUUAAAAUAAUAAUAUAAUAGAAUGGACUUACUCAAUUUUACUAAAAAUUUACCAUUUUUAAUAUCUGGCCUUUGGUUGUAUUUUUACAACCAAAGUAAUUUUUAGGCUUAAUAAAUCACACUGACAAUGCUGAAUUAAUCCAUUUGUAGUUUGCACCACUCUGUAUUUGACCUUUUUAG